AUGGAACCUUUAGAUACACUAGAUAGUUGGGCUUUGUUUGAAAAGUUUUUGGGAUCCCAUGAAGAAUUGUCUUUGGAAGUGAAGGGCAUUGCAUACAAAGUGGCAGAGGAAUGUGACGGUUUGCCCCUUGCUAUUGUUAGAAUCGCAACAAGCAUGAAGGGGAAAACGCAGGCUAGAGAAUGGAGUAAUAUGUUGGAAUGUCUUGGAAACUUGGGCAAUGGGCAAUAUCAAAUGGACAAAUGGGUAUUUUCAGUUUCGAGAUCUAGCUAUGAUUUCUUAACUAACAAAUUGCAAAGAUUCUUCUUGUAUUGUGCCUUGAGUACCAAUGGAAAUUUUUAUGGUGACGCUACCUAUCAUUUCAUAAGAAGGUUUGUUUAUGAAAGCAUUGAUGAGACAGAGAAGUUGAGGGUGCAGUAUGUUAAAGGUCGCAACAUGUUGUAUAAAUUAAAGAAUCAUAGCAUGUUGCAUAAUAUCCGGCUUGGUGGUCGUUGGAUGAUGGACAAAUUCCUUAGAGUCCUGGCUAUUGGUAUUGCAGAAGAAACUGGUAAAAUUAUGAGAAAAGCUUAUGAGGAUUUAACAGAAAUACCAAGUGAUGACCAGUGGAAAGAAGAUCUACAAAAAAAUUUUCUGACGGGGAAUGAGAUACAAACAAUUCCAGAUAGCACAUAUCCUAGGUGUUCUCAACUUUCUACAUUGCUUUUGAAUCACAACGCAAAACUCAACUAUAUCUCAAAUGAUUUUUUUAACAACAUGCCUACUCUUAAAACACUGGACUUGUCUAACACUGGAAUCAAGCGUUUGCCCAGAUCGGUGUCUAGCUUGGAAUGUCUCACCACAUUGUUGCUUUCAAGAUGUAGAAAAUUGAGUUUCAUUCCAUCAUUAAGAAAAUUGAAACGGUUAAUAUCACUGGAUCUAUUUUUUACUGCCAUCACUGAAGCACCUGUAGGCUUGGAAUCAUUGGUCAAUCUAAGCUCCACCGUUCUGUCUCUGUUUGCCGCCACUCCUCUGGUUCUGUUACGCAACGUGGAGAGGAAGAAGAUGCAGUUGACGGUGGCAAUGGAGGCACGAGCAGAGGCAACAGAACAGAGGAGCUCGCCGUCACUCGUGACCACGUCCUCUGGUCCUGUUCACGCCGCUCUCCUCUGGUUCUGGACGCUCGUUUUGCCGUCGCUCUGUUUUCUCCCUCUCUCAGCCGCCAUCCGUGUCUGCCACCAGGAAGAAGCCGUGGAGAAGAAAGAAGAACAGAUGCUGUCGGUGGAAGAUGAAGACUCAGGGGAGAGGAAGUGUGAUUGCCGUGAAACUUUGGUCCUUCGUUCUCUCUUCCUCGCCGCUGGUCUUCAUCGUCGUUAG